UUCACACGCCCCCCCGUUUCCGCCAGGCGUGGCCCGAGUCCUUCUGGAGACUUCAAGAUCCUCGACGACCAACAAAAGGAAGCUAGAGCCUCUUUUCCUGCGUCCGCUCCCCUCGUCUCUUCAUCCCUCCCGCCUCUUGUCGCCAUCGGUGUCUGGAUCGCCUCCUUUUCCCUUCCUUUCCAUCUUGUAAUCCGCCGCUUCAUAAGGAGGCCUUUGUCUGGCUGCUGCUUUGGUGGCUUUUCUACCAACAGCUCUCUCGUUUCCCCUUCCUUUCUUUUUCUCUUCUUCAGCGACCCCAGUCGGCCUCAAGCGAGACCCCCCCUUGCGAGACAAGCCAAUCGCGGCCGGGACACAAGAUCGACGGCACGGCACCGAGCGCCUUCGACAUCGCUAGCGAGGCUUCUCCCGAGCCAGUGCAGCAGCGGCUGAGACCGCAUCGACGCCUUGACACUGCGCCGGCUUCAGGGCACCGCAGCCAUGGCAACGUCCCAUAGCGACUCGGACCUCACCACCAGAGAGCAAGGCUCCAUCACCGACAUCAGCACAGCGCCCAAGACGCCCGUUCGCGAUGACGCUGCUGAAACCCUCAACGAGAAGGAUUCUCCUUCGCGGACGCUGGAGGCGGAUGGCGACGAAGACGCCUCGGUAGACCACACCAAGGAGAUGCAGCGGAGGACGUCGGUGGUGGAGGCCCUGGCCCGCUCAUACUCACGGGCCUCGGGCGUCGAGAACCCCUUCCUCGCCGGCCCAAAUUCACCCCUCAACCCUGCCUCGCCCAACUUCAGCGGCAAGGAGUGGGCCAAGGCCAUCGUCGAGCUCGUUCAGCAGGACGGCGGCUCGUUCCGCUCCGCUGGCGUCUGCUUCCAGAAUCUCAACGUCUUUGGAUUUGGCGAGUCCACCGACUUCCAGAAGGAUGUCGCCAACGUCUGGAUCUCUCUCGCUGGUUGGGCCAAGAGCUUGAUCUCCUCCAGCAAGCAGCGCAUUGACAUUCUGCGCCAGUUCGACGGCGUCGUUAACAAGGGAGAGAUGUUGAUCGUGCUUGGACCUCCGGGCUCAGGUUGUUCGACAUUCCUCAAGACGAUUGCCGGUGAGAUGAACGGCAUCUACGUCGAUGACGACACCUACUUCAACUACCAAGGUAUCUCGUCCAAGGAGAUGCACAGCCACCACCGCGGUGAGGCCAUCUACACCGCCGAGGUGGAUGUUCACUUUCCCCAGCUGAGCGUUGGUGACACCCUCACGUUCGCGGCCCGAGCCAGACAGCCUCGUCAGCUUCCCCAGGGCCUCAGCAGGAACGCCUUCGCCGCCCAUUUGCGUGAUGUCGUCAUGGCCAUGUUUGGUAUUUCCCACACCGUCAACACUCGAGUGGGUAACGAGUACAUUCGAGGAGUUUCGGGUGGUGAGCGUAAGCGUGUGACCAUCUCCGAGGCUGCCUUGUCUGGCGCGCCCCUGCAAUGCUGGGACAACUCGACCCGAGGUCUCGACUCGGCCAACGCCAUCGAGUUCUGCAGGACCCUGCGGUUGCAGACGGAGCUGUUCAACAGCACCGCCUGCGUUUCCAUCUACCAGGCGCCCCAGUCCGCAUACGACGUCUUUGACAAGGCCGUUGUCCUCUACGAGGGUCGCCAGAUCUUCUUUGGCCGAGCCGACGAGGCCAAGCAGUAUUUUAUCGACCUUGGCUUUGAGUGCCCUCCCCGUCAGACCACCCCCGAUUUCCUCACUUCCAUGACCUCCUCCCUCGAGCGCAUCGUCCGUCCCGGCUUCGAAGGCAAGGCACCACGCACCCCGGAUGAGUUCGCCGCGGCAUGGAAGAACAGCGCUCACUACAAGGCUCUGCAGGCCGAGAUCGAAGAGUACAAGGUGGCCCACCCCAUCAACGGCCCCGAUGCCGAAGCCUUCCGUGCCUCACGUGCGGCUCAGCAAGCCAAGGGCCAGCGCGUCAAGUCGCCCUACACCAUGUCCUAUACCCAGCAGAUUCAGCUCUGUCUCUGGCGUGGAUGGAAGCGCUUGACCGGAGAUCCCAGCAUUUCCAUCGGUUCUCUUAUCGGUAACUUCGUCAUGGCUCUCAUCAUCGGCAGUGUCUUUUACAACCUUGGGUCGGAUGCCUCCAGCUUCUUCCAGCGUGGUAGUUUGCUUUUCUUUGCUUGCUUGAUGAACGCUUUCGCCAGUGCCCUCGAGAUUCUGACCCUGUACGCGCAACGUCCCAUUGUGGAAAAACACGCUCGAUAUGCCUUGUACCAUCCUUCGGCUGAAGCCAUUGCCUCCAUGCUUGUUGACCUGCCCUACAAGGUUGUCAAUGCAAUCAUCUUCAACCUCACGCUCUACUUCAUGACCAACCUGCGAAGAGAACCAGGCCCCUUCUUCUUCUUCCUGCUCAUCUCCUUCUCCAACGUCUUGGUCAUGUCCAUGAUUUUCCGAACGAUUGCCUCUGCCACCCGAACCCUGUUCCAGGCUCUGGUCCCCGCUGCCUUGUUGAUUCUUUCCCUGGUCAUCUUCACUGGAUUCGUCUUGCCCACCCGGUAUAUGCUGGGAUGGUGCCGAUGGAUUGGUUACAUUGAUCCCCUCAGCUACGCCUUCGAGGCGCUCAUGGUCAAUGAGUUCCACAACCGGGAAUUCAAAUGCGUCGACUUCAUUCCUUCCAAGGACAUUCCUCAGUAUGCCAAUGUCAGCUCCGCACACCAGGUCUGCAGCUCUGUCGGCUCCGUUCCCGGUCAGCCCAAUGUCAAUGGCGAUGCCUACGUCAAGUCUGCCUUUGGCUACGAGUGGGAGAACCGCUGGCGCAACUGGGGUAUUGUCAUUGCCUUCACCGUUUUCUUCCUCGCCACCUACAUGGUUGCUGCCGAGCUCGUCUCCGAGAAGAAGUCAAAGGGAGAAGUCCUGAUGUAUCAACGUCGCCACAAGCUUGCCGCCGUUGCCCAUGCCGAGAAGAAGUCGCACGAUCCUGAAGCUGCAAUGGCCAACAUCGGCCCCGUCCUGACCUCUGAGCGAACCAAGGAAGGCGUUCUCCAGCAGCAGACCUCGGUCUUUCAGUGGCAUGAUGUUUGCUACGAUGUCAAGAUUAAGAACGAAACUCGCCGCAUUCUGGAUCACGUUGACGGUUGGGUUAAGCCAGGUACUCUGACUGCCCUGAUGGGUGUCUCCGGUGCUGGAAAGACAACUUUGCUGGACUGCUUGGCCGAUCGCACGUCUAUGGGUGUCAUUACUGGUGAAAUGCUUGUCGACGGAAGGCCUCGUGACGCUUCCUUCCAGCGCAAGACGGGUUAUGUCCAACAGCAAGAUCUGCACCUGCAAACCACCACUGUUCGAGAAGCUCUCAACUUCAGCGCCCUUCUUCGCCAACCGGCUCACGUCCCCAGGGAGGAAAAGCUCGCUUACGUGAACGAGGUCAUCAAGCUCCUGGAUAUGCAAGAGUACGCCGACGCCGUUGUUGGUGUCCCCGGUGAGGGUCUCAAUGUCGAGCAGCGCAAGCGUCUUACCAUCGGUGUCGAGCUUGCCGCCAAGCCCCCCCUGUUGCUCUUCGUUGACGAACCCACUUCUGGUCUCGACUCCCAAACCUCUUGGGCCAUCUUGGAUCUUCUGGAGAAGCUGACCAAGGCCGGCCAAGCCGUUCUUUGCACUAUCCACCAGCCCUCUGCUAUGCUCUUCCAGCGCUUCGACCGCCUGCUCUUCCUGGCCAAGGGUGGCAAGACUGUUUACUUUGGCGACAUUGGCGAGAACUCCAAGACGCUGACCAGCUACUUCGAGAAGCACGGAGGACAUCCUUGCCCGCCCGAGGCCAACCCUGCCGAGUGGAUGCUCGAGGUUAUUGGCGCCGCACCCGGCUCCCACACCGACGUUGACUGGUUCCAGACCUGGCGCGAGAGCGAAGAGUACAAGGCUGUGCAGGCCGAGCUCGAGAACAUCAAGCAGGAGAGGUCUCAGGUCGAAACCAAUGUUGAAAAUGACCCUACCAGCUACAACGAGUUUGCCGCGCCCUUCUCCGUCCAGCUGAAGGAGAACCUGCACCGUGUUUUCCAGCAGUACUGGCGAUCGCCCAUUUACAUCUACUCCAAGACCGCCCUCUGCACUCUGGUUGCUCUCUUCAUCGGUUUCAUCUUCUACAAGGCGCCAAACACUCAGCAGGGUCUCCAGAACCAGAUGUUUGCCAUCUUCCAGCUCUUCACCAUCUUUGGCCAGCUUGUCCAGCAGUCUAUGCCCCAGUUUGUCAUUCAGCGGUCUCUGUACGAGGUGCGCGAGCGGCCUUCCAAGGUCUAUUCGUGGAAGGUGUUCAUGCUGUCUCAGAUCAUUGUCGAGCUGCCUUGGAACAGCUUGAUGGCGGUGAUUAUGUACUUUUGCUGGUACUACCCUGUCGGUCUCUACCGCAACGCCGAGCCGACUGGCCAAGUCUCCGAGCGCGGUGCUCUCAUGUUCCUCUUCAUCCUCGCCUUCCUUCUCUUCAGCGGCACCUUUUCGACCUUUAUCAUUGCUGGUUUCGAAACGGCCGAGGCUGGUGGAAACAUUGCCAACUUGAUGUUCACGCUCUGCCUGAUCUUCUGUGGUGUUCUCGCCACUUCGGACUCUCUCCCUCGCUUCUGGAUCUUCAUGUACCGAGUUUCACCCUUUAGUUAUCUGGUCAACGGCAUGUUAUCGGUCGCUGUCGCAAACACAAAGGUGUACUGUGCCGACAACGAGUUUGUCAGGAUAGAGCCCCCUGCCAACCAGACUUGCGGCGACUACCUCAAGGCCUUUAUCGACAUCACCCACGGCAACCUCACCAACCCCGACUCGACGACCGAGUGCGUUUACUGCAGCAUCUCAGAGACCAACACCUACUUGGCUACUGUCGGCAGCCACUACUCUGAGCGAUGGAGGAACUUUGGCCUGAUUUGGGUGUACAUUGCUUUCAACAUUGCCGCCGCACUCUUUGUCUACUGGCUGGCUCGUGUGCCCAAGAAGCAGCUCAAGAAUGCCAAGAAGCCCAAGAAGGCCUAAUUCCUUCUUUUCGGAAACCGAAAGCAAAAAAGAAAAAAAAAAAUAGAUACCAUAUACAGACGGAGUUAUUGAAUAUGUGCGGAAGAUGUUGAUUGAUUUACGACGAUUCUAGAAGAGAAUUCGGUUGAAAAGCGUUCAUGGAGAAACGCGGGUUCUUAUUAUCUGUUUAUUCAAUGGCUUGGCAUGAUGUUUAUGCAACGUUUGAAUGGGGCGGUCUCGCACAUGCACAUAUACCUGCUGC